UUGGUUUGUUGAUGACCUAACUGGCGGCAGCGAAAACACCCGUUGUGUUCCUGGAGGUAUAUGCGUUCUGCGGGUGUAAGUUUCUGGAGGCUGCGGGGUGGAGAGGAAGAAGGCGAUCGAGAGGCACGAUCAUGGCGUUCCAUCCGAAUAAGGUGGGCGGUCUGGAGGUCCUCGAUGGUGAAUUGGGAGGGGUCGAGAGAGGCAGUGUCGAAGUCGUCAUCGAAGGUGGCUUGAGUGGUGUCAUUAUGGGAAAAGAGGGGGCGGGAGGGAGCCGGCACGGACUGGUGAUGGGGGUGGAGUCGUCGAUCGUGGUGAAGCAUGCGAGAGAGGAGGUCAGCCAGGGGCAUGUCGGGUUUGUGGGCGAGGGCGGUUGCAAGAUCUUUGUGGCAUACUCGCUUGAUGCGGGAGAUGAACGCAAAGUCGGGAAUGACGGUGGUGGGGAGGUGAUGGCGGAGGGAGCGGAUGUAUUGGACGAAGCGGUCCGUGGGACCGGUCUAGCGGAGGUGGCAGAAUUGUUCGAGGUAGUCGUCAAUGGUUUUCUGGGGGCGGAAGGUGGCAGCGAGAAGUUUGGCCCAUUGGAGGAAGGAGUGACGUGGUCCUCCAGAGGCUCGGCGGUUGCUGACAUCAGCCAUCCACCAUUUGGCGGCAUUGCCGAGGAGGCGGGAGGUGGCAAUGUGGAGUCAGUGGGCAAGGGGCAUGUGGUGGAGGUGAAAAGAGUUCUGGAGCUGGGCGGUGUGCUGGAUGUGCCGGAUGAGGGAGGAGGUGGAGGGAACGGGACGAUGGUGGAGGUUGAAGGGUUGGUGGAUGUGGUGGUAGAGGUGGUAGGAGUGGAGGAGGUCGGCGGGGGGGUGUUGCUGGAGGCGGCUGUGGAGGAGGGAGUGGUUUGUGCUGUGGAGGUUGGAGUGGUUUACGCUGUGGAGGAGGGAGUGGUUUGCGCGGUGGUGGCGACCGUGAUGGAGGGGAUGGUCCCUUCGAUCGUGGUGACGCGGUCGCAUAUGGAUGACAUGUUGGCCUUUAUGUCGCCGAGAGAGGCGGUGACGAAGGUUCGGAGGGUGUUGAGUGCGUGGAGGAUGGCGGAGAGGUCGGGGGUGGCGGUGUUUGCUGGUGGUUGUUCGCCUGCGAGGUUGCGGGCGAUGCUAUCGACUGAGUCGGUGCAGAUGUCAGACAUUUUGAUGGAGGAUGCGGCCAUGUCAGGGGAAGAGGGGAUGGAGGACGUGGCCUGAAUGGGUGUGGAGGAUGCCGCAGCAGCGGUGGCGGCGGCAGCAGCGGUGGCGGCGGCGGCGGCACGUUGGGAGUUCUUGGUUUGGCGUGGUGGCAUGUGGAGGGUGGGGGGGGAAUCCCUUAUUUAUUUAUCAAUAAAUUCAAAAAUAAAGAGAAUCGCCAAGUUUUUUUUUUUUUUUUCAAAAAAAUAAAUAAACGUUGAACAGAAAGAGAUAAUUAAUUUUUGAAAAAAAAAUAAAAAUAAGAAAUAAAUUUUGAUUUAGAUUUAAAAUAAAUUAAUUUUCAAAGA